CCUGAAGGUGCUGGUGGUGGCGGCGCUGGUGGUGGCGGCGCAGGCCAUGACCGUUUCGCAAGAUGAGGCCGCGGAGGUCCCGGCCGAGCUGCGCCCCAUCGUUCCCGGUGGGUCCUGGUUCGACGACAUGGCACUGGAGAGACUCAGGACACGACACCGACACCUGAAGGAGAUCGGGGGCAGCACCACGGAGGAGGACCCGGAGGAGAAGUUCAUCAUGGCCCGCCUGAAGGACCCGGAGCUGAAGGUUAUCGAGAAGGAACCCGAACCCAACGAACCACCCCGGGCAGCACUCAAGGCGGAGGACACACGCGAGGCCCUGCGGAGUUUCAUGAGGCAGCACAAGGAGAGGGGCGGCGACGGGGGCGGCUCCCACGGCCCCGCCCAAAGCUCGCGGGAGUUCAUGGAAAUCUACGAGAGGGAGCUACAAAAAUUCUUCAAGAACUUCAUGAGUGUGAUGCUACAGGCGGAGAUUGGUGGAGUGAGCAUCGAGAACAGGAGUGAGGAGGAACGCAAGGAGGUCGAGGGCUUGGCGGGGGCACAGCACGGCGACCACACUGAGUUCAACGCCGUGGCCACACCCUAGCCACACCCCCGCCCUGUCACACCCAAGGAGGGACCCACAAACUACAAACUCAUUCACCAAGGUUCUUUCGAGACCUUUCCCUUACCUCCACAUCCAAGCCACAUCCCAUUAAGGCCUCUGUCACAUCCCGACCACAUCCCAACAUGGUUCAGAAUACUUCAUAGCUAAGAUGCACUCUGUCACAUAUCACUCUGCCCUGACCACAUCACUUUGAGCACCCUGACCACAUCCCAGCCACAUCCCCUACGAGUGUCUCCAUUCUAAAACCUAAUUCACAGCUAAGCCACACUCUUUCACAUGUCUUCCAGCUCUAACCACAUCCCUCCAAAGCCCCUGCCACAUCCCGAUCACAUACCUACGAGGUUCUGUACUCCUAAACCUCUUCAGGGAUACUUGAGAGCUUAACCACACUGUCACAUCUUCCAGCCCCAGCCACACCCUUUGAACCACCUGUCACAUCCCUACCACAUCCUCUACAGACCCUUCCAGAAUGAUUUAGAGCUUUGUGAGGGUAGUUUGCAUUUGGGUGAGUUUACCAGCCCAUUGAACCUCCUGUCACAUCCCUACCAUACCCUGUACAGCCCCAGUCACAUCCCUGCUGCUCCUAUGCUUCCAGACCCUUCCAGAAUGAUUUAGAGCUUUGUGAGGCUAGUUUGCAUUAGGGUGAGUUUACCAGAACCCCUCAAGACAUUUCCAAACCCCUUCCCCAAUCAAUAGACAGAAUCAUCACUCCUACCCCUUUCCUUCCUUCCUUCCUUCCUUCCUUCCUUCUCUGGCCCUUCCCUUCCUCACUCACCCCUACCCCCUUCCUCCUUUCCUUCCUUCCUUUGUUCCCUUCCUCCUCUUCUUCCUCCCUUCCUCACUGAAUCAUCACCAAUACCCCUUCCUUUCCUUCUUUCCUUCCCUUUAUCCAUCCCCUCCCUUCCCGUCAUUCUCUGCACCCUACAGACAGAAUCAUCAUCACUUCCGAAACCCCGUCCUUCAAUGCCUCCCUUCUCCCUUCCUUCCAGUGUUGCCAGAUUGUCGUACUCAGCGUCCUUGGUUAAUUAUUGGUCUUGGCAACAUUUAUGGGUCAGAUACCGGUAAAUACGCAGCUCUGAGUAUGAUAACCUGGUGACGUUGCUUCCUUCCUUCCUUCCCCACACCCGACAUGGCAAUGACCAAUUUUUUCUUCCUUCCAUGGAACUCAGGAAAGGCGCUUGUCAUGAAAAGUCUCUUUAUUAUUUUCCGACACAAUUGAAGCUCUCUGUGGCAUGCAUCCCAGACUCACUCCUUUCAUUCCAACUCAACCCAUCACUCACAAAUCUAUAUCGAUGAUUUUUCUAACACGACGGAGCGCACUGCAUUUUUUUUAUAUAUAUGUGUGUAUGUAUGUCGUAGUUUUAAGUACAUGUGUGUUGGUUUUUAUCAUAUUUUAUUAUUUAAUUCUUCCCCGCCCCCCACUCUGUAAAGGGGCGAUUACACUGGGCAAAUUUUCCGUGGAUCUUCAGUCAAACCACGAUUUCCGCUGGCGUGGUUCUCAAUUGCUUCUUGUUAUUGCUGCUGCUGAUGAUGAUGAUGAGUAAUACCGGCGUCCUUCAGUGAAAUCUACCGUAGCUUUGGAAGAUCGUGGACACGUCAGAAAACCACGGAAAUAAGAGAACCACGCCAGCGGAAAUCGUGGUUUGACUGAAGAUCCACGGAAAAUUUGCCCAGUGUAAUAGCCCCCUUAACCCUAGCUGUUGUCUCUUCUCUACGGCUCCGUCAGUGUGUACGUGACGGAGCUUCGUGUAACAGUUCAAAGGAUGGGCCUCGUCUCUUACCUUACUUAGCAGGAUGAUGUGUGUGUUUUUUUAUAAUGUUCCGGUGACUGUGUUUGAUGUUUGUGGUUUCUCAGCUGCAGAUAGACCUAUUCAGAGCAACCGUUCCUUUCUACCUUACUGAUGAAAUUAAAUCAAUAUUGCUCCUAAUUUAAUACCUUACUGACGAAAUUAAAUCAAUAUUGCUCCUAAAUUAAUACCUUACUGACAAAAUUAAAUCAAUAUUGCCCCUAAAUUAAUACCUUACUGAUGAAAUUAAAUCAAUAUUGCUCGUAAUUUAAUACCUUAUGACAAAAUGAAACCAAUAUUCCUCCUAAUUUAAUGGUACUAGUUUCCAGUUGGUCCCUAAACCGAAUCAAAUCAGCAUCUACCACUUCUUUGCAAUUCUUUAAAUCUCUCAGCUCACUGGUGAAGUCCAAUCAGUGUUUUUCUUAAUCUGUUAUGAGAGGUUUGCAGUUGUUUCACAAGCACCCACGCCAAAGCCUUCCCCAUGUCUCUGGUGAAGGAGACGGCGAGAGGAUUAAGAGAAAUAUAUAAAAAAAUGCCUGCGGUCAGCUACUCCAAUACAGCUAAACAAAAGAUACAGCUCUCAAAAUAAUACUGGUGAUAAUAAUGAUAAUCUGUAAUAAUAAUAAUAAGAAAAAAAAGAAAAGAAGAACAAGAACUAGAAUAAAAAUGAGAGGAUGAGAGAGAACCAAAAAUAAGGAAAAUAUGAUGAAAAAGAAUAAGAUGAAAAAGAAAAACAAAGAAAAAAAAGGAGAAUGUACGAAGUUUAAUUUCGAUAAACACUAAAUUUGUUAUGAAAAAUUUGCAUCUAAAACUAUAUUCCAUUUUUCUUUUUCCGAUUCCUCUUUUUAUUAGAUUAUUUAUAUGUGUGUGUGACCAAAUGAUGUAAGGGAGUCCAUUAUUAUUAUUAUUAUUAUUAUUAUUAUUAUUAUUGUAGUUAUUGAUAAGUAAGGAGGUAUCGAGAGUCUAUCCAUGUGUAGGUUGUGAGAAACUUUGAUCAAUUAACACAAAACUUUAUACGUAUUUUUAUUUUGAGUGUGUGUGUGUGUGUGUGAGAGAGAGAGAGAGAGAGAGAGAGAGAGAGAGAGAGAGAGAGAGAGAGAGAAAUAGUAUACCAUUAUUUUGUACCGUAGAGACUAGCCGAUAGACACAUAGCAGCACACACAAACAUUUGGUAUUAUAUUUAUUGAUGGCACAGUAGCCGCCCCUCUCUGUCCAUGCAUGUGGGAGAGAUAGAAAGAGAAAUAAAAAGUAAUAUAUGUA